AUGCCUGUUAUCACUGAGCCUGAUCCUAUCGCCGUCAUAGGCUUCGACGUUCGACUGCCUCAAGAUGCAUGCUCAGCCCAGGAAUUCUGGACCAUGCUCUACGAAGGACGGAAUGCCAAUACCCACGUUCCCAAGGAAAGGGUGAACAUGGAUGCCUUCUAUCAUCCGAAUCCGAAUCGGACAGAUACAGCAAACGUCCGUUCCGGUAAUUUUAUUACCGGGGAUAUCGCUGCUUUCGAUGCUCCGUUCUUUUCAAUCCAGCAGAUCGAAGCUGAGUCAAUGGAUCCCCAGCAGCGAUUUCUUUUGGAAACGUCUUAUAGAGCUUUAGAGAACGCCGGCGCCCCAUUGGACAAAAUCCAAGGCUCAAAGACGUCAGUCUACGUCGCAGCGUCAACUAGAGACUACGAGGUCAUUCUCUAUCGAGACCCAGAACUGACUCCAAAAUACAUGGGUACUGGUAUCGGUACAUCCUUGCUAGCCAACAGAAUCAGCUGGUUUUUUGACUUUAGAGGUCCUAGUAUCACUCUGGACACGGCGUGUUCAUCCGGUCUGGCAGCUGUUCACAUGGCAUGUCAGAGUUUGAAGGCCGGGGAAUCAAACCUCGCUGUAGUCGGCGGUGUCUCCCUCAUUCUAGCGCCAGAAGUGAACAUGAACCAACUCUCAACACUCGGGUUCCUGUCCCCAGACGGCCGCUCGUACAGCUUCGACUCUCGCGCAAACGGUUAUGCAAAAGGUGAGGGUGUGAGCGUGGUAGUCCUGAAGCGAUUGUCGGAUGCUAUUCGCGACAACGACUCAAUCCGCGGAGUCAUUCGCGGCACAACAGUUAACCAAGAUGGUCGGACACCCGGUAUCACUCAGCCGAGUAAACAUGCGCAGACAGAAAAUAUCCUGCAAGCGUAUAAAGAUGCGAAUUUGGACGUGCAAGAUACAAACUAUUUCGAGGCUCAUGGCACGGGUACCGCGAUUGGUGAUCCACUGGAAGCGGAGGCUAUUCAUAAUGCUUUUCAGAGACCAACCGAGAAACCAUUGUGGAUUGGCACGCUCAAAGCGAAUAUCGGCCAUCUUGAGGCUGCGGCUGGAGUGGCGAGUUUGAUCAAGGCGGUGCUAGUGUUGGAGAAUGGAAUAGUGCCCCCGAAUGCUGAUUAUCGGGUGCCGAAUCCGAAUAUUCCGAUUGGGAAGUACAAUUUCAAGGUAGGGACCUUGCUUAUUAUCCAUCUCCUUUCCAUCUCCUUUGCUUUCGUCUCUGAUGUAGUGUUGUUCCAGUUCUUGACAAGCCCCAUGCCCUUCCCAGCAGAAGGCCUGCGUCGUAUCAGCAUCAACAACUUUGGCUACGGAGGAACAAACGCUCACGCUAUUGUAGACGAUGCGCUGAAUUACCUGCGUCUCAACGGUUUGGAAGGAAAGCAUUGUUCAGUGAACCAAGUCUCGAAGUCGUUGACUGAAGGUCAUCGUAUACAAGGCCAACUGCCCGGCGAGGACACGUACGGAAUUAGCCCUGAACUCAACGGCAAUGGGGUUUCGCGUCAAUUGAGCUUUAAACAACCCAUCGUCCUCCCAUUCUCAACUGCCGACGAAUCCGGUAUCGCACGAAUCCUAGAAAUCUACCAGCACUACUUCCGAGCCCUCAAAUCAGACUAUCUCCGUCCCGAGGAGCAACAACGCUAUCUCCAAAAUCUCUCGUAUACACUAUCAACAAGACGAAGCGCGCUGCCAUGGAAGUCGUUUGUGGUAGUAGACUCUAUUGAGCAGCUUCAAGCGGAGGAGUUGGCCAAUCUGGCGUCAAAGCCGCAGAGGUCGUCUUCUGAGCCGUUGGUCAGUUUUGUGUUUACAGGUCAGGGGGCGCAGUGGUUUGCCAUGGGGAGAGAAUUGAGUUUGUAUUCGGCAUAUAGGGAGAGUUUGGAGAAGUCUGAGACAUACAUCAAGGGGCUUGGGUGUGAAUGGAAUCUUAUCGAUGAGCUAAACAGAGACAAAUCCCUCUCUCGCAUCAACGAACCCGAGUUCUCUCAACCACUUUGCACCGCCAUACAAAUCGCCUUGGUAGAUCUGUUAGCAAGCUGGAACAUCCGCCCAACAGCCGUUAUCGGUCAUUCAUCUGGCGAAAUCGCAGCAGCAUAUUCUGCUGGCGGACUUUCGCACAAAUCUGCAAUUCAGACGGCGUACUUCAAAGGGUUGCUAGUCUCAAAGCUGCUGCAUGAACAACCUAAUUCAGGUGCCAUGAUUUCAGUCGCACUUUCAGAGAGUGCAAUUCAGAAAUAUCUAGCGGAGAUAACAGAGCAAAUAGGCGAACCUCUUGUCGUCGGCUGCGUAAAUAGCCCCGAUAACGUUACCGUCACAGGUGGCACAAGGGCAGUCACGGAGCUCGCACAACGCAUGCAACAAGAGAACAUUUUUGGGAGAGUUAUUCCAACUGGGAUUGCGUAUCAUUCUUCCUUUAUGGACGCCAUCAGUGACGAAUACGCUUCCAAAUUAGGUGACCUAGAACCUAGAGAUAUGCACUCGGAAUCGCCUCGCUUCUUCUCUUCUGUUCAUGGCGUAGAGGUUCCCGUGCAGGACACAUGCACUUCAGGAUAUUGGGUCGACAACCUUGUCGGCCAAGUCAAAUUCUCAUCCGCAUUUGGAGAAAUGGUCUCACACCUCCUCGAGGAACGCAAAAAGGGUGGUAUAAACAAAAGCGGACGAGAUAUCAUGAUCGAAAUCGGACCUCAUGCCGCUCUCCAAAGACCCAUCAAGGACGUAAUCAAAGACAUCCCUGCUGCGAAGGAGAUUGAAUACAACUCAACUCUAGAGCGGAACGUGCAUGCCCUGAAAGCAAUGUGCGGUUUCGCAGGUCGGUUGCGGUCUAGUGGUGUUCCGAUUGAUCUCUUGCAUGUCAAUUUUCCGGAUGUUGCGUCUGCAGCGACGCAGGUGUUGACGGAUUUGCCUGCUUAUUCAUUCAAUCAUGACACAAAGUACUGGGUCGAAAGUCGACUUAGUCGCAAUUUCAGCAAUGUGAAUUUUCCAGCUGGUCUUCGCAUCCCUGAAAACACAGAUUCAGUCGAGGCUCAAGUCGUAUUUCAUCCUUCACAGCAGUCUGGCGGAGGUCUUCCGGACCAGUGUCGUGUACAUGAUUUCCAGAUCUUUGCUUAUUUCAGUGACGCGUGGCAUGAAUUGUGUUAUGGGACUAUUGAGAUUGAAGUCAGCCCGGGUUCUGACGGAAUCACAGCAGCAAAUACGGCGGACUCCAGUAGACGUUGGGAAAAUGUCAACUCCAAGGAAUUCUACGACACCAUCAAUGAGCACGGCAUGAGCUUUGGCCCUGCCUUCCAAGGUCUCCAGGACAUUCGCGUCUCGGAUCGACAGGCUACCGCACGCAUUGAACUCGAUAGAUGGCAUAAUACUCUUAACGAAAACAAUAAAUUCCCCCAUACACCCCAUGUCAUCCACCCCACAGACUUGGACGUCAUAUUCCAAUCGAGUAUAGCAUCCAUCAGCCAGGGAGGCCGCCAACCCAUUCCCGUCCUGAUUCCGACAAAGAUCCGAUCACUAUGGAUAUCGAAUGACUUGCUUACGCGCGGAUCUCGGAAUGUGCUCGAUAUACAUAAUCAGAUUGAUACGGAAGCGUACCGGGAGGCUGAAUUCUCGAUUGCAGUAUCCGAUGAGCAUAGAGGUAGAGCGCAGGUUCGUGUGGAUGGUCUUUCGCUCACGUUUGUCAAGGAUGCGAAGUGGAUGGAGAGGGCGGACGAGGAGGCGAGACGGACGUGUUGGUCGCUUGUAUGGAAACCGGAUCCGAGUCUGUUGACGAAAAAUGAUAUUGUCAGUCUGUCUUCAUCAAGUCUUAAUGAUGACGAGAAUUAUGGGCUUCUAGCUGCGGCGACUUUCGUAGAGCUGUUUGCACAUCAGAAUCCGCUUGUUGAGAUUAUAGAAGCGGGCGAUGUAUCUUUGGAGGCUUCGCGGAGCAUUCGAGAUCGGUUGAUGAAUUACGGCCUUAGUUCAGGUGAUGGCUAUGGUCUGCCUCUGUUCCGGAGAUACACGAUUACCAGGUCCGAUGACGCUGAAGAAGUGAAUGAUCAUGAGGGUCCUUUCUCCGACAGGGUCGACCGAAAGACUGACACAGAGGGCAAGGACGAAGAAGAGUCUGUCGACGGACUAUAUGACAUACUCAUCUGCAACAGCCGUAACUAUCUACUCGAUAAUUCACCGAAGUCACCGUACAAUUUGUUGAAAGAGCAUGGCAAAGUCUUGUGUCUCGAUUCAUUGGAGUCUUUCACCAAAGCAGACCUCGCGAAACUCACUGAUGCUGAGUCUAUUGCACUGUCCACUUCUAAGCCCAAUGGUACGAAUGGUACAACAUCUAGCGACAAUACAGUAAUCAUAGUGAUCCAUCCCCAUUCUGUCUUACAGAAAGAUGUCGCAGGUUUAAUCCAAACACGACUUUCGGCAAUACCGACUAGCAUCGUCCCACUUGAUAGCAUUGAUGUCCAGCAGUAUAAGGGAUCUCAUUACGUAUCUUUACUCGAACUUGACGCCUCUUUCUUCUCUGAUGUCAAUGACGAACAAUGGUCCAUCUUCAAGAGCUUACUAUCCACAGCAAAAUCCUUGCUUUGGGUAACAAAAGACCAGACGCCAGAUAAGGAUCUUGUUUCUGGUCUAGGUAGAGUGAUUCGGUCCGAAUACCUUGAUUUACGCUUCGUUGAAUUGGCCUUAGAGCCAUCGACCUCAAUCGACAAAACUGCCGGUCAUAUUGACUCAGUGCUACUCAAAACACUUCAUAUUGCAGACGAUGCCGUAGAUUUCGACUCGGAAUAUCGCGAGAAAGAUGGCAGGUUAUGCAUCGGUCGUGUUCGUGAAGCUACGAGCGUAAAUGCCACGAUUCGAAAUAUGACGAGCCCAUCGCGUCCCAAACAGCAAAAAUUCGGUGCCGAGCCUGAACGAGCAUUGAGUCUCUCAAUUGCUUCACCGGGACUAUUGAACAGUCUGCAUUUCGAGGAUGAUCCAGAUUAUGACUUAGCCCUAGCACCUACAGAGGUAGAGAUCGAGGUUCGUACGGCAGGCAUGAAUUUCAAGGAUAUUCUUAUUGCUAUGGGGCAGAUUUCUGGUAACAGGCUUGGGUUUGAAUGUGCUGGGAUUGUCAGUCGUGCCGGCAGUGAGGCUGGCUUUGCACCUGGUCAACGAGUCGCUUGCUGCACGCUCAGUGGGGCCUACAAGACUUUUGUUCGAGCGGAUGCCAGCUGGGUUUUCGAUUUGCCAGAUCACAUCCCUUUUGCAGACGCUGCCGGUAUACCGUUAGUGUUUGCUACAGCUUAUUACUCGCUUGUCGAGGUCGCUCGAUUAUCAGAAGGCGAGACUGUACUGAUUCAUUCCGGUGCUGGAGGAGUCGGGCAAGCAGCUAUUCAAAUCGCACAGCGGCAUAGAGCUCGAAUUUUCACCACUGUCGGAUCUGCAGAAAAGAGACAGCUCUUACAAGACUUGUACGGCAUMCCCCMAAGCCAUAUUUUCAACAGUCGUGAUACCAGUUUCGCGCAGCAAGUGAAAUCCCAUUGUCCCUCUGGAGUCGAUGUCGUCCUCAACUCGUUGAGAGGUGAGCUGCAAGAGGCCUCAUGGAAAUGUAUCGCGCCACUUGGCCGUUUCGUUGACGUCGGGAAAGCGGACUUUGAAUCAUCACGCAAGGGAUUAAAUAUGAAGCCUUUCCUCACCAAUGUAUCCUUUUCUAGUGUCGAUUUAUCAGUUGUCAUGCGUAAUGCAAAACCAACCAUGACAAGAAUCAUGAACGCCUUGAAGGGCUAUCUGACUGAUUCUGUGCCAGCCAAAUCUCCUCAGCCCCUCCAAGUUUAUCAGAUUGAAAAUCUUCAGGAUGCUUUCCGGCAGAUGGCCAGCGGAAAGAGUAGUGGCAAGAUUGUGGUAGAUUUGAGUCCGUCUGAUGAAGUACCGGUUCUCCCGAGCAGGAAGUCGCGCUAUAAUUUCCACCCUGGUGCAACCUACGUGAUUGCAGGCGGUCUUGGUGGACUCGGUCGAACCCUUGUCGAUUGGAUGAUCGAACGAAAAGCGAGAAACUUCAUAUUGUUGUCUCGAUCAGGAAGCGAAAAUAAUGAAGCGGCACGGAAGAUGAUUGAGACUUAUGCCACUCAAGGUAUUGUAAUCAAAGCUCCCAUGUGCGAUGUUGCGAACGAGCAGGUUGUACGACAAGUCUUCGAAGAUCUUGCUCAAACCAUGCCUCCGAUCAAAGGCUGUAUCCAAGGAUCUAUGGUGCUUCGUGACGGCCUCCUGGAUUCAAUGUCCACUGUAGAUUGGAAUGCUGUCCUCCGUCCUAAAACACAGGGCACUCUCAACCUUUCUACUCACUUGCCAUCCGACAUGGACUUCUUCGUACUACUAUCGUCCAUCAGCGCUAUAUCUGGUUCACGCUGUCAAGCAAACUAUUCAGCAGCCAACUCUUUCAUGGACGCGCUGGCACGCAAGCUCGCAGCGGAAGGCCGGCGAUGUCUAAGUCUAAACCUGGGUGUGAUCAAGGACGUCGGCAUUGCCGCACAGCUCGGAACAAAUGCCGCUCUUCGUCGGGACGGGUUUGAAGGUUUGAGUACGCCUGAACUACUUGCUUUACUGGACUAUGCAUGUGAUCCGGACUGUUCUCGCGCUAUCGAUCCGCAGCGUGCACAGUUAAUUGCCGGUCUUGGUGGUGCGAUGACGCUGCUCCCCGAGCAUUUUGAGAGCGUUUACUGGACUGGGCGACCUAUCUUCCGACAGUUGCAAGAAGUCAAUCGGAUCACCUUCCAGGAUGCGCACGGUAGUGGCAAGUCAGACUCAAAGGAGGAGAGCUACGGACGGCUUUUCAUCAAGGCAGCGGACGAAUCAGCGGCGGCCGAGGUUGCGCUCAAGGGUCUCGUCGCAAAGCUAGCUAGUCUGCUGAACGUGCCGGUGACGGAUAUUGAGGUGCGUAAGCCUUUGCAUAGCUUCGGUAUUGACUCUCUUGUAUCGCUUGAGAUUCGAUACUGGAUUUCGAAGGAGCUCAAGGCGGAGGUUAGUAUUUUUGAUAUCAUGCAAGCUAGCGGACUGGCGGAAUUGGCGGGRGKGGKGGUAGAAAAGAGUGAGCUGAGGAAAUAG